UGACUCCCGUCCCCAUAGAGACAAGCUCCUACAACCGCUAAUCUCCCACCCUCAGCAGCAGCGAUGCCAGCAAAUAUCAAUUAGCCAGGCGUUUGGACAUUCGUAGUUUUCCUCGAAAAUCGUCCUCCCUGUGGUUGCCAAACAGAUUUUGUUUCAUUUAUUACUACCGGAUUAACCACCAUCCCUGGCAAGCCGCGGCUUUAUCUAGAGAGGCCGGAGAUUUGUUUCGCGGGGCGGGGAGGAGUCCUCGUCAUCUCGCCGCUAGCGAGUAUGCUCUCGUAACAACACAAGACCGCAGCAGAGCCGAGACAGAGCCAAUGUGUUCGUAAAGGAUGGAUGUGGAGGUGAGUGCUGGGCAGGGGGGCAGCACCAGGAGGAGAGCAGAGGAGGAUGGUGGUGAAGGAGGGGGAGGCAUGGAGGUUUUGGUAGUACCACUGGACCUGUACGACUCUGCAAGAGCCAAAAUAGAAGCAAAUCUCCGCUGGCUGUUGGCCAAAGCUUAUGGCAUUGAUCACAUCCCUGAGGACCUGCGGGACCCCUUCUAUACUGACCAGUAUGAGCAGGAGCACAUCAAGCCCCCUGUCAUACACCUGCUGCUCUCGGGGGAGAUCUACUGCCGGGUGUGCAGGCUCAUCUUGCGUGCCGAGCAAGCCGCCUCUCUCCAAAGCCCAAAGUAUGUGCUCCAGGCCCUCUCUUCAAGGGGCAUCCACGUGCUGGACUCUGAGGACACACACAUCUCCACUCUGGAUCUUAGUGCCGUUCCUGUCAAGAUAAGCCCCCACAUGCACCUGAUCGAUGCCCUCAUGAUGGCCUACACAAUGGAGAUGAUCAGCGUAGAGAAGGUGGUGUCCAGUGUCAAGCGUUUCUCCAACUUCAGUGCCUCCAAGGAGCGACCGUUCGAUCUGGAAGAUGCGAUGGUCUUUUGGAUCAACAAGGUGACCACGAAGAUGAGGGCUAUUUCAGAAAAGGAGCUGAAGAUGAAGCAGCACCUGCUGGACUCGCCAAGCCACGAGAAGCCUGAUAUAUUGCAUGCUCUGGCCCAUUGUCUGUUGGAACCUGUGGAGUUCUCCCGUGUGGUGCGCUAUCGCAGGGAUCACCUGUCAGGACGAACACUUCAGCACUUCCCGCUGGUUGAUGACCUAUGCAAAGAUGUGUGUGAUGGUGCAGCUCUUCUGGCCUUGAUCCACUUCUAUUGCCCCGAAGUCAUUAGACUUGAAGAUAUCUGCUUGAAGGAUGUCCUUUCAAUAGCAGACAGCAUGUACAACAUCCAGCUGCUGAAGGAGUUUUCCAAUAAAUACUUGAACAAGUGCUUCUAUCUGAAGCCAGAGGACAUGCUGUAUUGUCCUCUGGUGCUGAGGAAUAACAUGAUGGUGUUCAUCGCAGAGCUCUUCUGGUGGUUUGAAAUUGUGAAGCCAGACUUUGUACAACCCAGGGACCUUAAGGAAACCAGAGAUGCGAGAUUACUGCUGCAGCCUAAGAGCUCUCGACCCCACGCAUCCAUCUCCAGUGUCACAAAACGCAGUUUCUCGGCGACAGUAAAUGCUGCUGACAUCUUGACCUCACCUCCAAUCCCAGACCCCAGCACUGUAAAAAGCACUACAAGCGCUCAUCACUCUUUAGUGCCUCUAAGACAGAGACAUCCAUGGGGAGUUGAGGAUGAUGGCACAGUGAGGAAUCUGUGCAACUCUCUGACACGUACAGAUGAGAAGUUUCAGUGUUCACCACAAGCCCGGCCAGAGAGGAGGCAGAGGCCUUUGUCCCAGCCAGCACCUUAUGCCUUGCAUUUCCCAUCUCCAGAGGAUAAUGCAGACAGUAUUAGCCUUGCUCGCUCCAUCAGCAAAGACAGCUUGGCUUCCAACAUCAUGACACCAAAGCACAUGCUAGGUUCAGGUCGUCAGCUGCAUCAGCACCGACUCAGUGGGCAAAGCCUCCUCAGUCACAUUCGCAUUGAGGACGAGGAGGAAAUAUUAGAGGAGGAGGAGCUGGUUGCUGUGAUACAUCCUUCGGCUUUUCCCAUACGUCCACACAGGAGCGACAUGGAGCAGGAUGAAUUAGAAAUCCCCAAUACAACCUCACCAAGGAGGAUCUCGAACACCAAUUGCUCUCCUUGUCUCGCCAUGGACGUCUUAACCCCCGACUUGCAAGCGGACAGCUACUACCUGGAGCCCCUGUUGCCUGCCAUCCCAAAGCCAGCCAAAGAGAAGAGUGUCAUCCUGAACAAGGAGGAGGAGAGUGGGGAGAGUCGCUUCAGAUCAGCGCAACCUGUCAUGAAAACAACCACGGAUGUCCCGCAUAAAUCACAACGGAAAUCUCCAGUGUCUGAAUGUAGUAAAUUUACCUUUAAACCCACAGCUGUGGUAGACUCUGUCCCCAACAUUUCUCUCCCGCCACCCAGAAAAGGGUCGACACAUACUUCUAUGUCAGUGAAGAAACAGCCCCAAGGCUUCUUCCUUCACUUGUCUGGGGAGCCAGACUGCCACAGUCAUCUUUUUUCUGAUCCAGAGGUAGGGCUGGACUCUGACUCGGAUAUAGCAGAUUUUGAGGAAGAUGACGAGGAUGGCGAACUGAUCGACCAGAGAGGAAAGGGAACUGCUUUAGUGCGAGGACAGAUGUGUGAAUUCUCAGAGGUUGAGUCAGCCAAGCUGAGAGAGGACCUGAAAUUGAGUGAGCGAGACGAUAAGGAUGACGGAAGUGGACGCUCCAGCCCGUGCCUCAGUACUGUAUCCUGUGCAAGCAGCUGCAGCGCUUCAGGCAGCGCAAGUGUCAGAAUGACCAGCUUUGCAGAAAGAAAGCUGCUCAAGCUCAGCCUCCGUGAGGGUUUCUCCAGCACCAGCAGCUCCCAGAAGACCACGCCCGAUCAUUCCGAGAUUACUCCUUGGCAGUUGAAAAGUGAGGGUAGCCCCGGAUGGCAAGGUAAAGACCCUGGUUCUGUGGUGAAGAAGACUAUAAUGGAAAGUCCUCCCGUUGUGCCUUCAGAACUGCUGCAGCUUCACAUGCAACUCGAAGAGCAAAGGCGUGCAAUUGAGUACCAGAAGAAGAGAAUGGAGACCUUGUCAGCACGACAAAGGCUGAAAUUAGGUAAAGCUGCAUUCUUGAAUAUUGUAAAGAAGGGUGAAGGGAAGAGUGAUACACUUCCCCUGCCUCUGAAACACUCACCUUCUGCAGAACUAUCAGGUGCUGAGAAAGUAAAGACACACUCCUGCAAAGAUGACUCCUGUCUUGAGGUACUAAAGGUUCAGGCAAAGGCAGAAGGAAGACAGAUGAAUAUUGAUAACAGGUUGAAAACGAUAGCUCAGUUUAGGGCUUCUGAAUCUGACAUGAAUGACUGCUCCCACUCCAUAGACCUCCUCAAUGAGGCAAUCAGUGCUAUCCAGCAGCAGAUGCAGCAGCUCUCAUUGCAGCAAGACCUGCUUAUGAAGAAGACUGCGGUCUCACCUCCAGAACCUAAAGAGCCAGACCAGAAAGCAACUCCUAACUUAAUGCACUCUCCCACGCUAGAGUCCAAAGCUUUCGCAGUCCACUUUGUUGACUUCAGUGACAGCAAUUCUACUCCCACUCGUCGUCCUCCCAAGCUGAGCUCCAGCCAGCGAAGCAAAACCUCAGAUCCCAAGCAGGGUCAAAAGAAUGGUAAGAUGUCCGAUACUGAAGGUGCAACAUCCCCAAGAGAGAGUACAGGCGGAGGCCAGGAUGCCGGAGUUACCGCUGAGAGCUCCAGGCAAGAGAGAAAUUUUCGAAGACGCACAACCUUCAGAAUCCAUAAUGACCAAGGCAGCACCAAAGAGGAACGCUGUCUAUCUCCUGUUAAAGCUGUCAAAUCUCAGUCACAGGACACAACAGUCUCCAACAUGACUCCAUCACACUCAAAUACAGAACAUGACGAGAACAAGGUUGACAGCUCAGGGACAGAAUCUGUGGGUGGAGAAGAGAGCACCAGGAUCAAAGGUCAGCUGAUUGAGGUUGACCUAUCCGAGCUGAAGGAGCCUGCGGAGGAUGCGAGCGCUGACAUGACAGAUGGCAAAACAGAAGGCGAGCAGAAAAACGUGCUUGGCUUUUUCUUUAAGGAUGAAGAGAAGGCCGAGGAUGAGAUGGCCAAACGCCGCGCUGCCUUCCUCCUCAAACAGCAGCGCAAAGCAGAGGAGGCGAGAUUACGCAAACAGCAGCAGGGAGUAGAAAGCGAACUUAAGCGUGAUGAAGCCAGGCGUAAGGCAGAAGAAGAUAGAGUUCGUAAAGAGGAGGAGAAGGCCAGACGAGAGCUAAUCAAGCAGGAAUACCUGCGUAGGAAACAGCAGGCGCUGAUGGAAGAGCAGGGUCAGGUUAAGCCAAGGCCCAGGCUUAAAUCCCGCAAGAGCAGACCUAAAUCGCUGCACCGUGGUGACUUUAAUAGCCCCUGUAAAGGAUCCACAACACCUGAUCUAAGCUGCAGUCAUCGAGGGUCCACGUUGUCUUUGGCCACAGAGGCGGACAGUGUCAUCUCUGGAGAGGCGGAAUCACAGAGGGCGGAGUCAGUCUGCUCGACGGAUUCAUUCCCCGUGCUGAGCCGAGCCUCCAGCAGGAACAUGGAGCGGGACUGGGAGAGCGGCUCCAUUGCUUCCUCCAUCACGUCCACUGAGUACAAUGGGCCCAAACUUUUCAAGGAGCCGAGCUCCAAAUCCAACAAACCCAUCAUUAUCAAUGCCAUUGCACACUGUUGCCUGGCUGGAAAGGUGAACGAGGCCCAGAAGAACAUUAUCCUGGAGGAGCUGGAAAAGUGCGAGUCAAAUCAUCUCAUCAUCCUCUUCCGAGACGGCGGCUGCCAGUUCCGAGCCGUUUAUUCAUACACACCGGACACCGAGGAAAUUGUCAAAUUUACCGGCAUGGGGCCGCGCAUCAUCAGCCACAAGAUGAUCGACCGGCUCUACAAAUACAGCUCAGACCGCAAGCAGUUCACCGUCAUCCCGGCCAAGUCGGUGUCGGCCAGUGUGGACGCCCUGACCAUCCACAACCACCUGUGGCAGGUCAAGAGGCCAGGCAGCGCGAGGAAGAAGUGAGAAAAGGAAGUGGACACUUGGCACUUUUGUUCUUUUUACAACUGUUGGGCCGGACCCAAUAACUAUGACGUGUUCAGACCAAGCAAUGAUUUUUUUUUUUCUUUUAACUUUAAGACUAAGUGUUAACGAGAAGUCAGAUUACAGUGAAGUAAAAUGAAAAUAUCCCGCUCCCAAGUUAUUAUUUUUGUGUUACGAAAUUUGUCAACUUUCAAUGUGAAAAAUGCCUGUUCUGAACACAUCACAGAUGCGAUCAUGACGGUCUGAGAGCGGCAAUGUCUGAGAAUACAAAACACAGCUACAGUAAAUGCACUAUUUUAUUGUUUUGUUAUUAUUCUGCAUGCCACACUUGUUUUAGCCCGUAGGUACGUCCUGCAUUGUUUUGCCACUCUCGCUGAUGGACUGAUUGUCGCGUUGCACAGAAUUUGGACCUUCAAGAGGAAUGCUGCUAGACUUUGGCCCUGUCGAUACAGAAGUGCAACUUGAAUUGAGCAGUGGUGAUUCUGACUUUUGACCAAAAAAAAAAAGGUUAGUUGUUUCUAUUAUGAGGAUCAAGGCUCCUGGAUUGUUCCUCAGUACUACUGAUUACUACUACUUUUAUGAGGAGAAACAUUCAUACUUUUAAGUGCUGGGAUGUUUGCUAUGAUAGUGUGUGAUAUGUCUUGUUUGCUAUUUAGCCUUUUCGCGGAAGCAAGGAACGCUAUCUACAUCCACCUUAGAAUGUUUAAACUUUCUUUUUAUUUUAAACGAAAAGUCUAUCCUGCAGUAGAAAAACAAAGGCAACACAAACCUGUUCGUUGUUCCCGUGGAAGAAAAAUGUUCUUAUUGUUGGGAAAAUUGUAAUCCUCGACCGGCUCGCAACCAUUUUUGUGACCUCUCACUGGAUUCACUGGACAACAAACCAAUGUUUUAAAUGUAGCGUUUAACGCUCAACAAGCUGCCUGGUCGUUUCCCUUUACGACUGUCAACAGCCGUUGGUGGAACAUGACGGCAAAAAACCCCUCUGCAAAAUACUUGAUAUUUUUUGCUGCAUUUUGUACAUUUUUGAGUAGGAUAUUUUGUACCAAUUAUGUUUACUAAAAUAACAAAACAGGCACUACUAUGAGUUUAUUCUGUUACAGUCCCAUUUCAUUGUAUCCUAAUGUAUGUUAAUUUAUUUUGAAAAUCUGUAAUAAAAAUGAAAUGUGACUGUUGUAAAAAAAAAAUUGAUGUUGUAAAAAAGGACCGUUAAAAAAAAAAAAAAAAAAAACAUACUA